CGGAAAUUGAAAGAAAAAGGGAAUUUAAGUAAGCAAUGCGAGCAGCUGUUUUGUUGUAUGGUAGGAAAAUGGCAUCGUCAUUAUAUCUGCCCUGUUGAGGAAGAUCUAGAAGAAUUAUCCAAAGUUUCGCUAGGAGUUCGGUCCAUAAGCUAUUACAGAAGCUGGACCAGUCAAGAAAUGGCAGCUGAAUUAGAAAAGGUUUUUAGAGGACUGGAUGCCUGUGGAGGGUAUUGUUUAUGCAUGAAGAGUGGUAAAUUCCUAAAACAUGUUCAAAGUACCGUUCCUGAUGGAAAAUCUCUGAAGGGUCUCUUCCCCAAAAUGGUAUACAUUGUUCCUAUGCAAAAGGAUAUAGAAGGAAUGGUUGAUACCAAUUACAAUACUGAAAUGAUUCCUUGUAAUGAUUGUGGCAGAAACAUUGCAAGAGUUAAGCUUUUAUCUCAUAAAGGAAUUACAUUGUUUUUUGUAGUUUUGAUGAAACGCGACCUUCAUUUGAUGGCGUAA